ACGGCUAGCCGCGAACGCGACCGGACGAAUAAUGAAGCCCCGCGACUUCAUCUUCUCCCUCAUCGUGUGUUCUCCAGGCUUGCCCACCUUCCCCCCAAUUCUUGUUAUGCAAGGCUACAGUACGGAGUAUAUUGUACAAGUCACCUGACAAUUCCAAUCGGCGUGGCUUGAGAGUUGCUGUAAAUCUCCCGGCCUCAUCGAACCUGUCUCAUCCCUUCGCGGUCGGUGCGCUAGCCACGCGCCUCUCUUUCGCGACUUUCCGACGCCUGGCCUGGUCAGUAAGACCGGAGCAGUAGAUCCUAGGAUAGAGCAGUCAGCCUCGAGGUCGGUGUCGGGGUCGGGCACCCUAACACUAGUAUAUUCACCCGUUCCCCAAUGGCAUCCAACAACCACCACGCAGCCCGCCCGGGCCUCCCCAUGUCCUACUCUCAGAGCAGCAUGAGUUCAGCCAAUGGCAUGGCCUUUUCGCAAUCGCAAAUGACCUCCUUCAACGCUUCCCAGUCCGUAUCGUCCACCCCUCGAGCUACACCUCCUCCGAAAGGAUCGCAACAGUCCACCAUGUCCUUUGGCUACUCGAACGGCAUGCCGCCCGGCCCUCGACCUAGCUUCGCAGGGUUUGAAGACAUGAACGGCUAUGGAACAAUGAUGUAUCAUGAAGAAUUCAAGCCCCAGAUUUACAGGGCCGUUUACUCCAAUGUCUCCGUUUACGAAAUGGAAGUGAAUGGAGUCGCCGUCAUGAAACGCCGUACCGAUUCCUGGCUCAAUGCCACACAGAUUCUCAAAGUUGCCGGCGUGGUCAAGGCAAGGAGGACAAAGACGCUGGAAAAGGAGAUUGCGGCUGGUGAGCAUGAAAAGGUUCAAGGAGGAUAUGGUAAAUAUCAAGGAACCUGGGUGAACUACCAGAGGGGCGUGGACCUCUGCCGGGAAUACCACGUUGAAGAACUGCUGCGACCCCUUCUGGAAUACGACAUGGGCCCCAACGGUACCACUGGCUCGGCGCAGGACUCUCUGGAUACCCCGACGAAGGAGCAAGCGAUGGCGGCGCAGAGGAAACGACUUUACAGCGGAAUGGAUAAUCGCGGCAUGGCUCAGCCGCAGCAGGGCACGUUCUUCCAGAACAUUUCUCGCACUGCCGCAACCGCCGUCAAUGCCAUGAGCAAAGCUCGCUUCGACUCGCCCGCAGCCCGAGGCAUUGACCAAAGACGAUCCAGCGUCAUCCGGAAGCCUUCGCAUCAGAUGGGCAGCCAAGAGACCCACAUUCCUUUCAACAGCCAACAAAGCAUGUAUAGUGUGGCGUCGGAUAGCGGCCUCGGAAGCAACUUCCAGAACAAUAGCCGCUACCCAAUCCAUGAUGGUGCCAGCUUCGACCACGAGGAGCCAGUCGAACCUCCUCGUAAGCGUGUCCGGUCCUCGUCCCACCAUACACAAUCGUUCGGGCUUCCCUACGAGCAUUCGACCCUGUCCGUACAUGAACCCACACCCACAGAGCCAAACGAUUCUUUCUACCAGGAUAUGGACGUCUCAGCUUCAAUCGUGGAUGGCAACAAGCGCGGGUUUGAGCCAUUGCCCCCCGCCACCACUCCGGAGAGAUUCCAGAAAAUGAAACUCAUAAUGACACUGUUCCUUGAUAAAAAGACCCGGGAUUUCUCAACCCACCCAGCGUUGAUGCAAUUAAGUGGAGACGACUUGGAGAUCCCAUUGGACGAAUAUCGGAAUAAUGCCCUGCACUGGGCAGCGAUGCUCGCUCGUAUGCCUCUUGUCUAUGCUCUGGUCGAGAAGGGGGUCAGCAUCUUCCGCUUAAACGGCGCAGGCGAAACAGCGCUGCAAAAGUCCGUAGGAACAAGGAACAAUCUUGAUUACAGGAGCUUCCCGCGUUUGUUACAGGUGCUGGCCCCGACUAUUGACAUGGUCGAUUAUAGUGGGCGAACCAUCCUCCAUCAUAUCGCCGUAAUGGCCGCCACUGGGGGUGGGGGGCACGUCUCUGCUAAACACUAUCUGGAAGCCUUGUUGGAAUUCAUCGUUCGCCACGGGGGUACGUCACUGAGCCAGCAAACCCCCAACGGUGCUACAGAGAAUGGGCUGUCACAGACUGGGGAAGUAAUAACUCUCGGCCGUUUCAUCUCGGAAAUCGUCAAUCUUCGGGAUGAUCAAGGGGAUACUGCCCUCAAUCUGGCUGGACGCGCACGCUCUGUUCUUGUGCCCCAACUUCUAGAGGUUGGGGCAGAUCCUCACAUACCGAAUCACACGGGUCUUCGGCCAGCCGACUACGGGGUUGGGGUAGAUAUGGUUGACGGCAAUUCUCAGUCGCAGCAAGCUGGAAAUGGGAGUGACUCAUUCAUGGACCAGCUAGCGAAGACAAAGAAAGAGAUCCUAGAUUCAACCUUGGCUCAAAUUACAUCGAUGGUACAAGAGACACUGGGUGGUCUCGACCGAGAGUUGGCUUCUACCCUGGCGAAGAAACAAGAGAAAUUUGACCACUGGCACUCGAAGAUUCGCGAAUCGGCCAAAGCACGGCAGAUCGAGCAGAAGCAGCUUGACGAGCUCAAAUGCAAAGCUUCUGAUCGCGUGGAACUGAGCAGACGGUACAAGAAUUUGGAGAAGUCGUCCGAAGACCUUUUGGUGAUCCUGAAAACGAUACAAGGAGAUUCGUUAGAUUUAUCGAAGAAUUAUGCAAUCGGAGAUGCCGACAAAGACCACGGGAUCGACAUUGCCGGGUUUGAGGCCGUCUUCCCCGAGACCUUUGACCCUGCGUCUGGCUUUUCCGAGCAGCAGGUGGCCUUCCUUCGCUCACUGCCUGCCCCCGAAAGCCUACAACAACGAAUGGGGUGUUACCAAAAGUUCAAUGAGGACAUAUUGAAUGAAGUGGAGCGGCUCAAAUCCAAAAACGUCGUUUUGGGCCAGAACUACCGACGCAUGGUCAUGGCCUGUACGGGGUGGACCGCCGAACAGGUGGAUGAGGCUGCCGAGGGGCUGACGCAAUGCGUCAAAGAACUCAAUGAACACCCGGUCCCGGAAGAUGAGGCGAUUGAGAUUCUGAUGAAGGACCGCGGUCAGGACUGGUGAUUCUCGUACGAAAUGUGAAACGUCAUGGUACAUAUGUCUGGAUCGAAUCCGUGGAUUCGCCGAGGCUUUGAAGCGAUACAGCGAUUCUUGUUUAUUGUUGCUACCGGUUGGCCCUUGGAAAUCAAGGGAGCAUUGUUUAUAUGACAGGGCUGCGGUGUUGAGCAUGGUUGUUUGGAUGCAUUGAUGUCUGUACUUGCAGAUACCCCAGGGCACAUAUAAUGGAUUUUGAACGGCUAGUAGGAUGUGGUCCAUACUCGGUCAAAUAUUAGCUGUACAGUUGAAUAAC